AUGUCGAAGAGCAACGGAGCUGCUCGUAGCUGUUUAGGCUCGAUGGAAGACAUCCGAAAAGUUUUCCAGCGAUUCGACAAAAACGGAGACGGCAAAAUCUCCGUCGACGAGCUCAAGGAAGUGAUCCGCGCGCUGAGUCCAUCGGCAUCACCGGAGGAGACAGUUACGAUGAUGAAACAGUUCGAUCUCGACGGAAACGGAUUCAUCGACAUGGACGAGUUCGUCGCUCUUUUCCAAAUCGGUGUGAAUCCAGGAGGCGGAAACAGCAAAAGCGAUCUGAAGGAAGCGUUUGAGCUCUACGAUCUGGACGGUAACGGACGGAUCUCGGCGAAAGAGCUUCACUCGGUGAUGAAGAAUCUCGGCGAGAAGUGCUCGGUGCAGGAUUGUAAGAAGAUGAUUAGCAAAGUUGAUACUGAUGGUGAUGGUUCCGUUAACUUUGAGGAGUUUAAGAAGAUGAUGAACAACGGCGGAGCUUGA